UUCCUUUGUCUUUCAACGCGAGCAGUGUAGGUCGCUGGCUGUGCGUGCGUCGCCGUGCUACGUCGUCGAAGGUUCACACACUCUAUGCUGGAGCAGCACCAGCGGCAGCAGCUCCACCAAUUCCUCACAGCGCAGUAACGUAAUCGCAUCGUAUCUGAAGAAAAGAAAAGAAGUGCUUUUGUGCUAGAAUGCAGCUCGGAAUGUGAUUGUUGUUGCGGAAGGGUGUUCACAAAAAUGGAUGUGCCACAGGAAGAAGCAUCCCCGUGCCUGGUGCCGUGAUUUACUGCUGCUGCCCCCCGUUCAGAGCGCCAGCUACUACGAGAAAGCAAAAGGCUCAUAAUUGUGUGAAAAAAAUCAUUCUCCUCAUUGCAUAGUGUUUAAGAGCUUAAUUGUAGUGUGAGUGUGUGUGUGUGUCUAAAUCUCGUCCGCGUACCAGCAAAAGUGUAAAGAAAAUUUCUUUUUUCGGCGUGUCUGGUUACAGCACCGCACAGAAUGAGUGAUAAAUCCAACGGCCAACACGGGAUGGCUGACAGUGUUAGUGGUGGCGGUGGCCGUAACGUUACAACCGAGUCCGGAACGAAUAAUGGUGGCACGACAUCGACGGAAGCGGUCCGCAAUCGGACCGAAUCUCCCGGCCCCGGCGGGGGUGGGCCACGGGUCGGGCAGAACGACAGUGUGCAGCAGCAGUUCACACGCUUUGCGGAUUACUUCGUCAUCUGCGGGCUGGAUCUGGAUUCCGGGCUGGAGCCGGACCUUUUUGCAGGUGACAGUCUGCACUGCUCGCCGCUCGACAGUGCGUACAAGAGCAAACCGCUCGCCCACUACCCGGAGCACGUCGCGUGGAACCCGUUCGAUGCGCACGGUAUCUGCAUGCUGUCCCUGCCGCAGGGUUUGCGUUUCCGCACGCAAAAGCACAACAUCGAGCCCCGGUUCCACGCGUUCGCGACGACGCGCGAGGACGGCAAGCGCUGCUACGGCUUCAGCCUGGUGUUUUACGAGGAGGUGCGCAACCGGCAAAUCUGCAGCGCCAUGCACACGCUGCAGUCGAUGUUCAUUACCGAAAUCUCCAGCUCGCAGCAGCCACCGCCCGGGACGCUGCGCCGGGUAAAGGAAAGCCCGGUAAGCAGGUCGCUGCCGAGACAUUUCAAAAUAGCAGCCCAGGCGCCCGCCUCGGCGCUCAGCUACUAUGACGUCACGAAGGAUAAGCUGUACGUGGCCAAGAGCCUGUCGCUCGUCUGCCAGGUGCCGUACGCGCACGUGGCGGAGCUGUUUCUGCAGAAUCUCUACCGCUGUCUUCCGCGACAUCCCGGAUCCCGGCUGAGCCUGGAAAGCUACGUGUACAACAUCCUGUACGAGGUGUCGACGCCGCCGCCGGGCAAAUCGAUACGAAUAUACAUACCGCCGGAAGAGCCGCACCUACCUCCGAUCGCCACCAUCCUGCAGCGGCCGGCCCAGAAGGACGAGCUGCCGCACAUGGACUUUCCGCUGCGGCUACUGUUUACCUAUCUCGGCGUCGAGUGCGUCAUCCAGCUGUUCACGUGCGUGCUGCUGGAAAGCCAAGUGCUGCUCCGGUCGACCGACUACCAGAAGCUCACGAUCGUGGCGGAGUGCAUCACCUCGCUGCUGUUUCCCUUCCAGUGGCCGCACGUGUACGCCCCGAUCCUGCCCGCCUCGCUGCACCACUUCCUCGACGCGCCCGUCCCGUUCGUGAUGGGGCUGCACGCCGACUGCGACAGCAGCUUCCGGAUCGGGAGCGAGGCGAACCUCUGCUACGUGGACAUCGACAAGAAGUCGGUCCAGCUGCCGGAGGAGCUGCCCUCCUUCCCGUACCGGCACGAUUUCAUCUCGGAAAUAACGGCCGUCCUGGACAAGUACUCGGUGCCGCGCGACCGCUCGCUCGAUCCGCCCAGCAUACUCAGCCCAAAGAAUCUCCUCAAGGACCAUGACAUGAUGACGGCGAGCUGUACGCUCCCGUCCGGCAUGCACGUGCGCCGGAAGCAUUCCCUGCACGACCUGCUCGACUGGGAUCGGCCGAACUCGCCCGACCUGCCGCUACCGCCGACGGCCGUGCCGGCCCGCCCGGACGUACGGCAGCGCAUCGUCGACAUUGUGCGGCGCAGCGGCGGGGACGAGGUGGACAGCGGCGGCGGCCCGAACGAGGUCAUGCCGAGCGCGAAGCAGAAGCAGCCCCUGUCCACCCUCGAGCAGUACUACGAAGAUCUGAGACUGAACAACGCGUUGCGCGAAAUUUUCCUCAACCGGUUCGUGCAGAUGUUUGCCGCGUACGAGCAUUUCGUUAUACUUCCAAAUCAGAGCAAAGACGAAUGGCUGACGAACCGGGAAUCGCUGCACAACUUCGACAAGGCGUCGUUCCUGUCGGACCAACCGCAGCACCACCGCCCGUUCCUGUCCCGCUUUCUCGAGAGCCAAAUGUUUGCCACACUCAUCGACAACAAGAUCAUGCUGUCGUGGGGCGACGACCUGAACGGCUGCCCGCUGGUCGACAGCCUGAACGGUGACAUGGAGUACAGCUUGAAGCUGUUUGAUUCAAGGAUCAAAAUUUUACGUAAGCGCUACGGUGGCGAAAGCAUGAUCCGCACCGCCAACUACGAACCGUGCAUACUGGCCCGCGAGACACAGAAGCUGCUCGACAAGCGGUUGCAGGCGGUCGACAUGGAGGUGGCCCCGCCGAGCGAAAUCCUGGACAAGCGGGCCCCCUACUACCGGAGCUUUCCGCUGCUGGAGAAAUCCGUCCUCAACCAAGAGUGCGUCUCGAGAGGCAACAGCUUGCGGCGCGUGAAGAACGGCAGCACGAAGUGGAAGGUGAAGGAGAUCUCGUUAGAUGGUGGAGGCAACGCGACCAACAACGUACCUGGACUGUCGAAGGAUAGCGACGGCAACAAGUCCAACCGCAACUCGGCCAACCUGUCCGGGGCCGAAAUCAGUCCGGCACUGCUGGCACAGGCCAACUGGACGUUUGUGGAGAAGCUGCUGAAGGACAUCAAGAGCAAAACCAAGCGCAUGCUGCUGGAAAAGAUGGGCACGGAGGCGAUCGAGCUCGGGCUCAGCGGGGAAGCGUCAGUGACGGGCGUGGAGGAAAACACGAUGAUUGCGUCGCUGUGCGACCUGCUCGAGAAGGUUUGGUCGCACGGGCUGAUCAACAAGCAGGGCAAAUCGGCCCUCUGGACCCAUCUGGCCGCGUACCUCGAGAUAAAGGACUGCCAGAAUCCGGGCAAACACCAGAUGGACAACAGCUAUCUGACCCCAGAGAAAGCACGCAGCAACUCGGAAACGCGCUAUCGCACCCUAAAGCCACCGAAAAGUGGCCCCAGCAUGGUGCCCGGUGGCUUAGACAAGUAUCACACUACCAUUGCGCACAAAAUACGCCGGCUGCACAAGGGCAGCUUCGGCCCCACCGGGAGCGACACGCGCCUCUACUCAGCCUCGUCGGCGGAAACGGUACCAACGUCGCCCGGUCGCUUUACUAACUUUAUGUUGUCCGAUGUCGUUGCUUCCUUUGUCGGUAUGCGUAAUGGGUCGGUAGCUAACCUGUUUGCCACGCGCAGUCACUGCGAUCUCUCAUCGUUAGCCAUCGAGCCGCAGCUGCCACCGCCUUCACCUACCCGCGGACGGUCCAAAUCCCGCGAGCGCAAAAGUCUUGGCCCGGAGCAGCUACGGCCACUGCCCGAAUCGCUCGAGUUUGACAUCCGCAACAUUCUCGCAAUGACGGACAUUAAAACGCACAUCGGCUACGCUCGUGCCUGGGUAAGGUUGGCGCUCGAGAAGAAGGUGCUGUCGCGCCACCUUCGCACCCUGCUGUCCGAUGCCGCGCUGCUGCGCCAGCUGUACAAGCGGUCCGCGUUCGUGCGCUGCGACGACGAGGUGGAACAGUUCCUGUACCAUCUGCUGACGCUGAACGCGGUGGACUACUUCUGCUUUACCAACACGUACCCGACGACCAAGCUGCCGUACCGGGUCGUUAUCUUCCCGUCGAAAAAGUCCAGCGCGGCCACCACGUCGGCGAACGUGUGGAUAGCGAUAUCGGGCAGCCUGGGCGAAACGCAGAUCAUCAACGUGCCGCGCCACUCGCUCGAGUUUGUGUUUCAUCACAAAACGCUUGGCAUCUUAACGUCGUUAAGAAUUGGACACGACGAUACGGGAAUGUCCUCGAAGUGGUUGGUGGAGCAUGUCGUUAUUAGAAACGAAGUCACUGGACACACUUACAAAUUCCCGUGCGGCCGUUGGCUUGGUCGCGGUAUCGACGACGGUUCGAUCGAGCGGCUACUGAUCGGCCAGCUCGUCCCGCGCACCGUCGACAGCGAGGAGCUGGUGGAGGCGUGCCGCACGCCACCGCGCACCCGCAGCCCAAGCAUCCAGCGGCCGGAGGUACGCCCGUCCGACAUUCAGCACAUGCUGGGCGAUUGCGUCAACGCGAUCGUCAAGUGGCACUACCGGCCGAGCCGGGACCGGGACGCCAGCUCGCUAACGAACCUGCUGUGCGGUGAGAACGGGCUGGUCAAGUGUCUCGAGCAGGCGUUCCUGUGCGGGUUCCGCUCGUCCCGCCUGUUCGGCCGCAACUUCUACCUGUGGGACUACUUUGUGCGGGUGAAGGAACAGUUCGAGAUUUGCUUGGUGGAGGAAUCGGUCGAGACGGUGCGCGGUGGUGGCGGCGGCGGUACCUCCAGCUCACCGCCUACCAGCGGCUCGAGCCCGGAAUCGCCGCCGCAGGGAACAACAAGUCAGCUCGGUGGUGGUGGUGGUGUUGGUGUUGCCAGUGUCGCCCUAUCGCCCGUCGCACGGCAGGAGCUAUCGGCUGUGUGGCAUUGCUACUGCCACCUGAUGGACGAGAUCAAUAACGUUAAGCAAACGCUCGGCAAGGACGGUCGGUUCCAAUUGUUUAUCUGUUUGAGUUUGAGGGAACAUCUCCUGCACCGGAUGCUGGUGCCGAUGGCGUGCACGCGCGUAACGGCCGAGAUGUACGAGGAGCAGAGCUUCCUGCGGAAGAAGGGUCUGCUAACAUUCCUGCGCCAAAUACUGGAACCGUUGGACGAAUUUCACAUCGUGUUGGAAAACUCGAUUACUCAAGGUAUCGGAUCUCACUGUUAGGCUGGAUUGGGUCCAUAUUCGAUUUCGAGCGGUGAGCGGCAUCUGCCAAAAACCAACAAAUACUCUACCUAUACCAAAUCAUACCCCAGUGCGAGCGCCGCGUAGUAAUCGAUUCGUCGCUCGAUGGAAGCUCCCGAUGGAAGCUUAAAGGGGCUUGUCUCAGGAGAGAGGAGUUUGAAUUUCACGGGUUUGAAAAUGUAAGCGUUGUAGGUACGUGUCGAUUUACUGUGAAUGCUCUAGCAAAAGCACAGAAUAAUACUACUGCAGGAUCAGUGAAACGGAAGUAGAAUCUCCUCACCGUGAAUUUAAGUGUAUAUUUUAUUUUAUUUUUAUAUUUUCCUAAGCAAGCAUGGCAGAAGUAGUGUAACGUAGACGAAAGCCCUGUGGUAACUAUAGAUUUCUAUUUUGUAUAUUCCGCUACAUCGUCAUGAUACGUUAGUGGGGGGAGAGUUUUUGUUUUAUGCAACCCGAUUUUCGGUCAUGCAUUGGGCACAUAAUAGCAAAAGAGACGACUGGUGGUCUCUAUCAUACCUUUUGGUUGUGUUUUAGAUUGUAGGGAGAACGGGACAGUUUGUUUUACUCGCAAUCAAUUUAGGCCAAAUGAUUUUACUGUUUAAGGUUUAAUUACUACACACAUACCCGCGGGCACUCAGAGACACGGACUGAAGCAGGGCGAACGAUUACCUGGCGAUCUGGUCCUUCCGUGCGGUACUCAAUCUCCCCAUCUCCCAAGAGACACUGUGGCCAAAGAAUGACUUCAGAAUGAUGAUUUGAGGACGGGUUGGGAAGUGUGAAUGUGGUUUUCGUUGUGUGUUUUGAGUCGUUUUUUGUUUUGUUUCAUCCUUUGCUUUUCCAGUUGUGUAUGUUGUUAACGUGCUUUCUGUGUUUUGCAAUCAUAAAGAUUGUGAAAGGAUUUUAGCUUUUUGUUUGUUUGUUUGUUUUUGUUUUUAAUCUGCUGGUGGGGAGGGAUAAUUUGAAAAUAGUCAUCGACGAAAUAAACUGUGCCAAAAGGAGCGUUGUGUCUCUCCGGUGAGGUGCUGCAGGAGAGUAGCGAUACGCAUUAAUCCUCUUCAUUAAAACGUAAUGAAAACGGAAACUAGACCUAGUAGGGAGUGAUGAGAAAGGAGAAUUUGAUCGUACAACCCAGCUAUAUGUGUCUGUGUGGGUUGAUUUAAUUCUUUCCGUUCAUUCCGCUCUACAUCCAUUUCGAGAGUCUGCCCUCCAAUGUUGCGAGAAUACACAAUCUCCUUAUGAAUCUCCAGUGAUGAGUGUUUCGUGUCACCCAUGCUGAUAUUAGUCAAUCGAAACGUACACAUAUUUAGAUCUGGUUAGUGGGUUAGUGGAAGAAACAUUUAGCUCGUGUGUACGGUGUGUGCCCUACCGUAGUACCGCAUCGUCCUCUUUCACUGUGUCUUCGUGAGCAUGAAAUGUGUAAACCAUAACAAAGAGAAGAGAAUAAAAACAAAAAAUCGUCAUCCAUUGCCGUUAAUGGUUAGCAAGUAGUGAA